AUUUAAUAGAAUUAUCUCACUGAUUACAUCAAUCACGUAGUGAUUUAUAUAUUUGCAAAAAUAUUUUUGUUAGAUACGAUUUAGUUAUAAACAAGAUGCGUUGGUUUUACUUUUUGGUGCUUUUCCCAGGAUUAUUGCAUAUCAAUGCUGAGAUAAUUGUCACAACCCCAAAUGGAAAAAUCCGAGGAAGACAAGAAUAUUCCCAAAGGGGAAUAUCGUUUUAUGCCUUCCAACAAAUACCUUUUGCCCAACCACCUAUUGGAUCAUUGCGAUUUAAAGCUCCUGUACCAGCAGAACCAUGGAGUGGAAUUCUAGAUGCUACAAAAAAUGAUAGGUUAUGUUUUCAACAAACAAAUAUGUUAGGACCAGGUAUAACGCCACUUCAAAACGAAGAUUGUCUUUAUUUAAACGUAUAUACCCCGAUGGAUCCAUCAAAAAAUGGUUCUCUUCCCGUCAUGUUUUACAUAUAUGGUGGAGGAUUUGUUAACGGAGCCAACAAUUUUGAUUACAAUGGUCCCCAUUACUUAAUGGAAUAUGAUGUCAUCAUUGUCAAUGUUAAUUAUCGUGUUGGUCCUUUUGGUUUCCUUUCAACUGGAGACACCGUUAUACCUGGUAAUAACGGAUUAAAAGAUCAACUGCUUGGUUUAAAGUGGGUACAAGAAAACAUUGAAUAUUUUGGAGGAGACAAAACUAAAGUGACCAUUUUUGGUGAAAGUGCAGGUGCAGCAUCGGUGACUUAUCAACUUAUGAGCCAGAAAUCUAAAGGUUUGUUCAGGGCUGCCAUUGCACAAAGUGGAUCCAUUCUUAGUCCAUGGACCUUCCAAAGAAACUAUCGUGACAUAGCAUACGGUUUGUCUGUUCAAUUAGAUCCUACCUUCGAUCCAAAAGCUAGUUCCCAAGAAUUGCUGGAGUUUUUGCAAAGCAAAACUGCCGAGAAAGUUAAUGAUGCAGCCAAAUCUAUGAUGUCGCAAACAUUUAUCAACAACCAAAUCAUCCAGGGGUUUCAGUUCACUCCAGUCAUCGAACCAAAUCACGACGAUGCUUUUAUCACCAAAAGAAUGUACGAAGCAAUAAUAAACGGAGAAAUGCAAAGAGUUCCUCUAAUAUUAGGAAUUUGUUCUGAAGAAAUGAUCUGGGACGCUCUAGAUCCCGAAUCAUUCAAAUGGACUGCUCGUGCAUUGGACAGUAAUCUUAGCUUGCUGGUUAAUGACAAUAUGCGCAUAGAAGAUGCAUCUCAGAAACAAACUGUAGGAGCUGCUAUCAGACAGGUGUAUACUGAUGGAUUAUUCAUAGAUAAAAUUGGAAAUGCUGUAGAGUUUUUCAGUGAUACGUCAUUUGGAAGAUCAAUUAUUCAUCACGCGAAGAAACAAUCCCAGUUUAGUGAUGUUUACUUCUACCAGUUUUCUUACUAUGGAAGCAUUCCAGGAGUGCGACCUUAUAUAGAGGGUGCCUACAAAGUAGCACAUUCAGACGACAACCAGUAUAUUUGGGUUUCAAUGAACAACUCUAACUUGAACACAUAUCCUAAAGGAGAUGUUUUGACCAGUGAACGUUUUCUUACCUUAUUUACAAAUUUUGCAAAAUCUUUAGAUCCUGUCGCUAACAACACCGAACUGUUAGGGAUAACAUCCUGGCCGAAGGUAACACCAAAUGACUUCCAUUAUUUGGAUAUAAACGAAACUUUGACAAUAAAAAAAGAUUUGAAGAGAGACGUAUAUGAAGGCUGGGUAAAGGUGUAUGAAAAGUAUGCGGUAAAACCGUACGAUACAUUUUAAAAGCGUACCAUAGUACCUACAGACAAUUAAAAAGAUCAUUAAAGUAAA